GCUCUGGAGCCCUUUCAGGAAUGCCAAAACCGCUAUAAAUGUUUGAGGAAACACCUGCGUUGCCUCUGCUUUCAACACCGGCUCAGGUGACGGGCGCGUUGCGGAGGCUGGAGGCUCCUUUCCCCGGGUCCGGGGGAGCCGGUGGCGGCUCUCCCCUCCCACCGGACUACAAGUCCCGGCAGCCCCGCGGCGGGAGGCAUGGCGGGCUGGGCGCGGGCGGUGCGGGGGCUGCUGCUGGAUGUCAGCGGGGUGCUGUACGACAGCGGCGGGGACGGCGGGCUGCCCAUCGCCGGCUCGGUGGAGGCGGUGCGCAGGAUCAAGGCAUCUGGUCUGAAGCUGCAGCUCUGCACUAACGAAACCCAAGCGACCCGGGAGAAGUUUGUGAAGAAGCUCCAGGGCAUGGGCUUCGACAUCUCGGUGGCCGAAGUCACGGCCCCGGCACCAGCCGCCUGCCGCCUGCUGAAGGAGCGCGGCCUGAGGCCACACUUGCUCGUCCACAACGAUCUUGUCCCCGAAUUUGAUGAACUUGAUAAAACAAACCCCAACUGUGUGGUUCUUGGAGAUGCAGCAGAAAACUUCACCUAUGCAAACCUUAACAAAGCUUUUCAGCUUCUGAUUGGGAUGGAGAAGCCUGUUUUGAUCUCCCUUGGGAGGGGACGCUACUAUAAAGAAACUGAUGGUCUGAAACUUGAUGUUGGAGCAUAUAUGAAGGCAUUAGAGUAUGCUUGUGAUGUUCAAGCUGAGGUGGUGGGGAAACCAGCAAAGACAUUUUUUGAGUCAGCCUUAGCAGAACUGGGAGUUCCACCAGAGCAGGCCAUCAUGAUUGGAGAUGAUAUCGUGAACGAUGUCGGCGGUGCCCAGCGCUGCGGGAUGAGAGCCCUGCAAGUGAGGACAGGGAAGUACAGGCCUUGCGAUGAAAACCACCCCCACGUGAAGCCCGACGCCUACGUCAACAACCUGGCUGAGGCCGUCGACAUUCUCCUCCAGCAGCUGUAGAGCCCCUCUGCAUGUGCCUGGGGAGAGGGAAGAGGAGCAGGAGGCCUCACGGGCAGCCCCUUCCACCAGGCCACCUCUCCCAGCUCCACCUGAUAGGAAGAGCCCCAGCCUCCAGCCCGGAGCGGUGAGCACCGCGUCCCUCGGCGUCUUGGGUAAUGAUGCCCUCAGCUCCCCAGGGGAGCACCCACCUGCUCUGCUCUCCUCCACCACGUCCUGAACACCUUCCCCUCCGUGUUGUGCCCCUGCCAGGGCAGGUGAAAUUGGCUGUCCCAGAAGUACGGGGCUCUUCCCCAGCUGGGGCUGAGUCUUGUCUGCCCCAGGGGAACCCUGAGGGUGCUGAGGGGCCCCUGACUCCCCCUGUGAUGCUGGGGGGGUUUGUACCCCCUUUAACUCUUUGCUCACACCAGGGCUCCAGCCCUGGGUGGGAAAUGGAGGGGACCCAGCACCCCUUCAUGAACAAGCUGUGCUGUUUAACUCGCCCUUUCUGUGCUUUUUGGGGUGCCUGAGGUGGGAUGGGGGAUGUCCUUGAGGGGCGACGGUGGCUACCAAGCCUUGGGCUGGGGUGCUCUGUGGGGUCCCGUCUGUGCCCCUGGCUGGGUGGGGCGGGGCAGAAAAUCUCUGGGGAGGGGGACAGCCCCUGCCCCCUUGGCAAGCCAGUAAUCGAGUUUCUGCCACGUUCAGCCCCUGUCAGGCACCGCCCGGGGUUAGGGCUGGGGAAUCCAGGGACACUGCAGCACAUCGCGGAGCAACUGCUGCUUCCUGUCGGGAAUAAACCUUGUCCUGCCCA